GUGCUCUUCAACGCGGGAAAGGACGAGGUCCAGCUGGCGGUGUCGGAGCUGUUCCUGCUGCAGUAUGGAAUCUCCAUGAAGCCUGGGGACCAGGGCCAGCCCGGCCCCAGCACCAAGGCUGCGUACGGAGAGAUUGCCGCGGCGGUGCAUCUCACUGACAAGGCCAUCAUCCCAAACGUGAUCAGCGCCGUGAUUCAUAGAUUGGGGGAGAUGUGCGCGCAGCACCCCCUGGUACUAGUGGACUUCCCGCCUUUGGGCGAUCUGAAAUGUGAGAAUCAGCGGCUGGAGUUCUUGCCGAAGAGCAAGAAACGAGCGCCGGUGGCUUCCACGGAGCCUGGGAGAACCGUGUUCUCCCUGAUGCAGCGUAGGAGAAAGGCAGACCCCCUUGAAGGAGAGGAGGCGCCGAGCGCGCAGGAGCUUCGGCCAGGCCACACGAUUUUGCCCCCAGAGAUGCAUCCCCGGCCUCCGCUGGGCACGUCUCCGCGGCGCGGGCAGGCCAGCCCCUUCCGCUCCAACGCCAGCGUCGGUGCCGAGUCCGCGUCGGUCCUGGAAACCGUCUUCGUGCGCUCGCAGCCCGCGAAGGCCAUCGAUUAUCCGCCGCUUCUGGAUGAGUUCUCGCGCACGCUGGCAGCGCCGUAUGGCGAGGACCUGCACCACGGCAGCAGCUCGGGGCGCAUCGCCGCGCAUCUCUCGCUUGCCGCGGGCAUGCUGGCGUGGAGCCAUGAGGCCAAGUGCCUCAAGUGGCGGCCGAAGCGGACCCCGAAGAAGGACGGCAAAGGCCAGCAGCCGGAGUUCGCGCCCAUGGACAUCCUGGAGCGAGAGUUCGAGAAUUCGCAGAUCCUGCCAGGCUCAUCCCUGGAGAUCGAGCUGAACGAAGCUGGCGUCUCCAGGCGGAUGUUCUAUGGGGGCCUGCUGCGGUACAACUACUACGUGAACGCGGGAAUCGGCGAUGGCGCGGUCGCCCCCGUCAACAAUGAGUGGCUGGAGAACGUGGCCUUCCUUGUGGAAGCGGAUCGGCUCUUCAAGGACCUGCCACCAGAGGUGGUUGCGGAGAUUGUGGAGCAAGUCACUGGCGAGAUGAAAGCUGGGUAUGUACGAGCCUGCAAACGCGCCAUCGCGGACUACAUUUUCAAGGACUCCGCCAGCCGCGACCGGGCGCUGGUGCCUUUCGUGCCGAUGCCGGUGCCAGAUUGGGGCACGGUGCCCUUCGAGGGUAUCGAGGGUACAGAAGGCGGUCCCCCCGACGAGUGGCGCGACGGCAUUGAGGAGAACCGCAACGC